AUGUGUGGCAAUACUUUCAGAAAAGCUUUUUUCGAAAGGAAGAAACUCUGCUUAGUCUUGGAUUUGGAUCAUACUUUACUCCAUUCUGUUAGGGUUCAAGAUGUAUCUGUUGAAGACCAAGAAUAUCUAAAUCUGAGAGUUUCAUCCAUGAAGGAUUCGGAUGGAAAUAGUUUGUACAUGCAUAUGGGUUGUAGUAGAUACACGAAACUCAGGCCAUACACCCGAGAAUUUCUUAGGGAAGCCAGCAAAUAUUUUGAAUUGUUCAUAUACACAAUGGGUACCAGAGAUUAUGCAGAAGAGAUGGGGAGAUUACUCGAUCCUCAGGGUAAGAUCUUCAAAUCCAGAAUCGUUUCAAAAGAUGACUCUACAAAGGAAAACAGAAAGAAUCUCGAUAUUUUAUCAGGACCGAACGAGUUGAACACAAUUAUUGUCGAUGAUACAAAGCGUGUAUGGAAAAAGAAUAAAAGGAAUUUGAUACGGAUUGAAAAGUAUAACUACUUCACGGAAGGAGGACAUAUAUUGAAGAAAGAUGACGAACAAGGUUCUGACCAUGAAGAUGUAGCCCUAGAAUCAAUCACUGAAAUCCUUCAAGGUGUUCACAAAAUAUUUUUUCAGUGUUUCCCAGUCCCAUCACCUGAUGAGCUUAAUGAAUAUAUCAAAUCUGUAGAUGUAAGACCCCUACUUCAGGGGUUCUUGAAAAAAAAAAAAGGAAAAGUGCAGCAACCUGUUAAAAGUAUUCUUGAUUUUCUUGUUGGUUAUUCCCCUUUUUAA